GCUCAUUGUUCAAAAAUGGAAAGUGACGCCAAGCAAGCCUGUGACGUGGUGCGCGGUGAACGUUGGCGCUUUUUAUUAUUAUUAGUUUGUCAGUGUUUGUCUGUAUUAGGUCAGUAUUGCCAAGGAGGAGAAAAAAUUCAGGAAGUAGAGAUGCCGUCUGCUGAAGUGUGCCCAAUACCAAAAAUGAGUGCCCCGGUUCCAUCCAAAGAGCAAACCUUCAAUAUAGCUGUAUCGUCCAACGACGUAGAAGGACUCGUUCUUGAAAUUAAGGAAAAUUUAAGGUUAUCAAGUGGACCACCAUCGUUGAAGGCAAUACCCUGUAGUCACCUUUCACGGAAGUCGUCUCGUGCGUCACCGUACCGCUUGCCCGGUAAAUAUUUUUGUGAUUCAUGUGAGCCAACCUGUGUUAGACACAAAAAUAAGCAAGCAGAUCUCAAUCAGCAAGAUCCCUAUGAACUUUUGCAAGCUUUGCUCAGGUCCGAAAAUUUGAUAAAUGAAGCUGUUAGAAGGGUGCAAAUGGGAUUUUCCACUAAGAAAUUUUAUUAUGAGUCUGAUGAGGAAUCCUCGAGGAGCUCCAUAUUGGCACUAGAUGACUAAUACCUGAUUUAAGUAGAUGUUUCCUAGAACUCAAAUUUGUUUAUUUAUUAAAAAAUGUUCCUUUUAAAACUUUCUGGCACUGUGUGAUGUGUAUGUUACAUGAAACUGCUGGUCAAAUAAUCUAGUUUGGUUUGUUGGAGAGACCAAGUUAAGAAAUUUGAAAUGGAGCACCAUAGGAUAUCACCUUAAGUAAAAGGAUGCUCCACUUCAGUAUUUCUUUCCGCUUCCACUUUGCAAGCCAACAAGGGUUACUUCAUGAAUUGGGAAAAACCACGUCCAUUUUUCUACUUUAGCAAGUUGUAGUUUUAAAUUGUAUGUUUGUAGUGAGAUAUAAUUUCAAAGCACCUAAGUGUUAUGCACCUAGCUGUUAAUCAAAAUUUGUUAAAAACAAAACUAGGAGUAGGUAUUUAUUCCACAAAAAAACUGCUAGUUAAGAUGCUAACACGAGAUCCGUUGCGACAUACAUUUAGAAAAGCGACGUGUUUGUUUUAAAACUUAGACUUGUUUACAUACUUAUGUAGGUUACCUCUGUUGACGAUAAAUAUUAUAAAGUUCGAAUAGCGAAUUGAAAAUGGCUUCAAAAAAAGUCAAUAAUAAUUCUUCACGUAAUGUUUUUCUACGAGAAUAUUUCCGAGAUUUGUAUGUUCAGGAAGUUAAAUAACAACUGAAUACGAUUUAGUAUUGUUUUGGAAUUAAAUUGACCUUUUUGACCUAUUUUCAAUUUCAUAGUUCAUUUGAUUUUUCGACCAGCAAAGACCAGCUAAUUUACGCUUACUAAUAUUUUAAAAAUUGUGUAUGUAGGUAUGAAUGUGUUUUUUGUAUUCUUGUUACUCUUAGUCUUAUGUAUUAUUUUUAUCUGUGAUUGUAAUACAAUUACUUGAAGUUUUAUAUCUCGAACCCGUAAUCUUUUUCGUAAAUCAAAUAGAAAAUAAUUACAUAUAUACUUCUAACCAUUCGGAUGGAUUUUUACCACAAUGUGGUACUUGGACCAAGUAGUUUAAAUAUAGACAAAAUAAUAAAUUAAGAAAAUAUCUUAUUCGUUCCUUCCUACAAGCUAGUCGGUGUGUUUUUUCGAAUUUUUUCGUGCAAUAAAAUAACUGGUGGCUGUUUUAAACAUAAAAAGCAAUAAAUAUUGAAGGCUUGUGGGGUGAUUAAUACCGAUUAAAGCAAUUUUUUCCAAUGGAUAUUUUGAAUAUUUCUAACGUUUUAACCACAGAAUGGUUGGGUUCAAUCGGAAAUGUUUAGUUCCACUUUUAUCAUAGAAAGACUUAUUGUAAGAACUCUAAGAAUAAUAUAAUAGUGUUUUAAAUUAUUAAAACGUAUUUAGCGAUAAUAAAUAAAAAAUCGGAAAAAUUUGUACUGAAUUUUGUUGCGUAAUAAGUAUGGCAUUAAAGUGCGAGUGGAGACUAAAAAUAAAUUAAUUUGAGCGGGUUCGAGGUUAAGAGAAUCUGAUAGGUAUUUGCGUUUUUCGCAAAUUUACUGCGUAGAAUAAUACAAAAUGUUUCGUGACUUUUUUGACAAAUUGUAGUUUGGCUAUGCUAUUUGGUAACGGUAAUCAGUUCUCAGAUGCAUCUGUUAUUCGGGCAUAGACAUUUUAACUAGUUUUAUGCAAAUAAUGUCUUCAUUAAACAGGACAAUAAUCUGGUCAAAAUGUGAAUUGAUUCUUAAAAAAGUACUUCGAGACAUUUUGUUUUAAUAUAGACUAUUUUUCAGGGAUAAUCGAACUUUUAGCAUAAUAUAGUUUGGUACUAGUUUGUUUAGAAGUGAAUCCCCAUUUUAUUGCCAGGUUGGCAGUUUAUUUAGUGGGAUUUUUUCAUUUUGUAUUUGAAAAUAAGUUUUGUUAGUAAAUAGUGGUCCUAGUUUUUA